CUCAACUUUCUAUCAACAAAUAAUGAAUAAUGAUGUAUAAAAAAUUAUUUUCGGUCUACUCUACAACAUUCACUGUCUCAUCUACCAGUUGAUGAUGAAGUCCAUCUUAUUCCGUGCAUCCGGUUUUGAAAUUCGCUACGAAACUUGGCCAUUUUACAAUUUCAUGUAUUUUAGUCCCUGUGUGGGCUCAACAAGCUUUCCAAUUGACUGGCCACUUUGGACAAAACAUCGUUUACCUCGAAAUGAAGGAAUUAUCCCAAGACUCAAUAGAGGAAAGAUAUGAAAUGCUUAAGAACUUGUGCAAACAACAGAUCUUGAUAAAUGAGACUCUGAAAUCAGAAAUCACUAAGUUAAACAAUAUUAUCCGCAUAGUUUCUAGUGAGAAAGAUUUACUACUGGAUGAAUUGAUCAAUAAUCAUUCUACUUGUCGGAACGCUGUCAGAGACGACUCCAAAGCUUUUCAAAAAUCGGUUAUCUCUGCCGGCAAUAAACGUCCUGUGAAUUUUUCCGAGAAUUGUCAGGAUCUAAAAAAAAUAAAGAGUGACCCGCAUGUCGCUGAUCAUAACGAAAAUGCGGGUUUCCACAGUGACCCAACCAGUUUAUUAGCUUUUAAUUCAAUCUCAGCACAAGAAAAUGAAGAUCGUUGGAUUUCGCAUGACCAAGUAGAGACGAACCACAGUCAUCUGUCUGGUCAUUCAUCUCUUACAUCUACUAAACCCAGGUUACAAUACCAAAUCCCUUCAGUCCAUUCAAAGACAACCAUUUCCGCUACUCCGAGUGGCGAUAAUGAUACCUCAUCACGGCUGCUAAGUUCUGGAAAUACUUUGAAAUCGAGCCUGAGUAAUCCAGGAUCGCCGCCCACAAUCACUUCAAAUACUCAUUUAGUCACACCAGUUGCUGCUAGUUCCAAUAAUUUACCUACUACCCAGCGAUCAAACAGAAGUGGUUCUCUUGUAACUAACUCGUCAGUAUGUCCUUCAAAUCCAUCGAUUCCUUAUGUAUCAUUCGCAUCCCAACGAACACCUAUUGGUUCCCACUCAAAAUAUGUAUCUGUAACAAACCGCCCCCUAAAAGUUGUUAGUCCUGGGACUGUAAAUAAUACAGCUAGUAACAUUUUAAAGUCUGUGACUUCGCCUACUAUAUCCCCUGGAAUUCGAUUGUCGAGUAGUCAACCAACAAACCAGCGUAUUUUAAUUCAACCAAGCAACUGUAACGCUCGUUCAGUUGUCUUUCCUCGACAACAAUCUCAUGCAAAUGAUUCUUGCGAAUUUGGGUACGCAGAGAGAUGAAUGGCUUAUUUAACAAGUAUCAUUAUGUAUAUUUGAAACUAAUUAUUUCAUGUGAUUGUUGGUAUUAUUAUUAUCAUGUUGGUAUAAAGUGAACCAUAACCAUAAUUGUACAGUCUCAUAAAUAUUUAUUUGUCAAUUCAUACGUAAAUAUAUUUCACCCUAUU